UGCUAAUUAAUAAACAUUUCAUUUAAUUAACUUAUUGACCUCCAACUCGAUAUAUCUCUCCAAUGGCAGCAAUCACAUCACCAUUUCCCUUCAUAUUAUCUUCGUUGCUACUGAUAUAUACUUGCACAUUAUUUCAUGUUGAUGGUUGUUAUACAUCGAUUAUAAGUUUUGGUGACUCGUUAGCUGAUACUGGAAACCUUGGACAACUCGCGACUAAAUCAAACGACGUCCAACCACCCCAUUUCUUGUUUCCACCUUAUGGCGAAACCUUCUUUCAUAAACCUACCGGUCGAUGUUCCGAUGGUCGCCUCAUCAUCGAUUUCAUUGCUGAGAGUCUCGGAAUGCCAUUGAUACCACCAUUUGAGGUAGUCAAAACAAACAGCAUGCUAGAGAAAGGCCAAGGAGUGAAUUUCGCGGUGGCUGGUGCGACGGCAUUGGAUUCGUCCUUCCACGAGGCACGAGGCGUUGUCAAUCAAUACACUAACGCGUCUUUGGGUGUUCAAUUGGAAUGGUUCAAAGAAUCGUUGCCAUAUAUUUGUGGUACACCAUCAGAUUGUAAAAGCCGGCUACAAAGUUCAUUAAUCUUGAUGGGGGAGAUUGGAGGCAAUGACUACAAUCAUGCUGUAAUUGCUGGGAAGCCCAUCGAUGAGCUAAAGUCGUAUGUCCCCCUUGUUAUCAACACCAUAGUUUCGGCUAUUUAUGAACUGAUUGAGCUAGGGGCGGAAACGCUUGUGGUCCCUGGAAACCUGCCAAUCGGAUGCUCAGCAGCCUAUUUAACCAUUUACUAUGGUACUGAUAAAGUAGAAUACGAUAACACAACAGGUUGCAUAACCGCACUAAACAAAUUUGCAGAAUGGCAUAAUGAGUUGCUUCAAACAUCACUAAAUCAAAUCCGAGAGGUUCAUCCAAAUGUCAAUAUAAUCUAUGGUGAUUACUACAAUGCGGCUAUGCAGUUUUUUCACUCUCCAGAAAAAUAUGGAUUCACAAACGGAGCUCUAAAAGCAUGUUGCGGAGGGGGAGGGCCAUAUAACUACAAUCCACAAGUAGAUUGUGCGGAUCCCCCGUCAACCACAUGCGCUCAGCCGGAAACCUACGCUAACUGGGAUGGAUUGCACUUGACGGAAGCCGCAUACCGGGUUAUAUUCAAGAGCUUAUUUCAAGGAACAUAUACUACACCUCAGUUUAAUUCCGUGUGCCCUACGAUAAAUGUACAAACUAGAGAUGGGUCAUCAAGUUGGGUUCAAAGCUUCUAGUUCGCUAGGACAAGAAAAUGAGCCUAGCUAGCUUAGUGAAAGAGAUUGUUUUUGUUGUAGAUAUAUGGUUUAAUUAAUUUGUAAUGCAGCGUGGUGAGUUGUGUAGUUGGAUGUAUGUAUAUAAAAGCAUAUACAUGUCCUGUUCUAUGUAAUUGUGAGCACAAAUUCUCAUAUAUAGAUUUGUUAAUUAAUGUAAAUAUAUGAUCUUUCAUUAUUUUGUUCAAA